GUAGUUAUGUCACGGCCAUGACAGCAUGAAACGUUUGUUCAGCUUCAGAUCACUGAACUUUAUCCGCAAACCUGACCAAAUAAUCCUCCCGCCUCUGUAUUCGCUGCCAGUUGACCGUCGAGCUGUGUCUGCUUCCUAUUUUUGCACGAAAUCGACGAAUGACCACAAACAAAUGGAUCUGAGUGACAUGAGAAAGAAAUAUAAAGGCGAUGAGGAGUCUUUUGAAGAAGAUCAGCUCAUUUCUCUAGACCCUAUUAAGCAGUUUGGAGAGUGGUUUGAUCAAGCAACAAAAUGCCCUGAAAUUGGUGAGGCCAACGCCAUGUGCCUUGCAACAGCAUCCAAGGAUGGAAGGCCUUCUGCCCGAAUGGUGCUGCUGAAAGGUUUCAGUAACGAGGGUUUCCGCUUCUUCACAAAUUACGAGAGCCGUAAAGGCAAAGAGCUGGAUGUAAAUCCCCAUGCCUGUCUUGUCUUUUAUUGGGAACCACUGAAUAAGCAGAUUCGUAUUGAAGGUCCUGUAGAGAAAAUCUCACGUGAGAAUUCUGUUGAGUAUUUUCAUUCGAGACCCAAAAGCAGUCAGAUUGGAGCAGUUGUGAGCAGGCAGAGCAGUGUGAUACCAAACAGACAGUACCUAAGAGAGAAGAAUGCAGAGUUGGAGGAGAAAUACAAAGAUUCUGAGGUCCCUGCACCGGAAUACUGGGGAGGCUACAUUGUCAAUCCAUACCUGAUUGAGUUCUGGCAAGGUCAAACCAACAGACUGCAUGAUCGUAUUGUUUUCACAAGGACCAAGGAGGGUGAGACUGACCUCCAGGAGAUGCAGCAUCAGGCUGAGGGAGGUUGGGUGUACCACCGGUUAGCACCUUGAUGGGAAACCUGAUCAUUUCACUCAAGAGAGUCAAUAUUUUAGACUAAAUGGAGUAUUUUAGGAAGUUUAAUGAAACACAGAUACUUUUAAUUUUUAGAAAGAUUUAUGAUACCAUUGUGCUAUUAGACAAAUUGUAGUUUCAUCUGUUUUAGACAAAUUGUUUUUGUACUGUAGAAUGAAUAGUUUAAAUAUAUUAGUCUGUAAAGUUUGAAUCUCUUCAAUAGGAUAUUAAUUGUGAUGAUGCCUGUGCUACAACAUAAACACCAUAAACUGUAACACAAACAAAAAGCAAACAACAUUUUAGCUAAGUAAUGUACGUUGGGUGCGAUUAACUUUUGUUUUCUUUGUUGCUUUUGUAUGUUGUAACUAUUUAAGAUGUUGUUGUUUUUUCUCGUAAGGCAAUAACUUAUCAAAUUCUCACAUAAAGCUGAUCUGGCACCUCUGA